GCGGCUGGUCAGCGGGCGGCCAAUAGCCGCGAUGCGGACCGCCCCGAUCCCGUCGCCCGCUCCUCCCCUGGCCUAUAAGUCUCCGGUGGUGCCGGGGCCGCCCGCCCAUCCGCUCUGAGGGGUACGUCCAUCCGUCCCGGCACUUUCGUCUCGCGUGAUCUCCGCCGCCGCAGCCGGCCCGGCCGGGGUGCCAGAGCCAGCGUGCAUCCUCGAGGGCCCUAAGAUGGGCUGGCGCGCCCGGGAGCAGCUGCUGCUGCUACUGGCGCUCGCCCUACAGCCCUGGACCCCUUGCCUGGGGGAAGACUCGGAGAAACCCUUGGGGAUCCCUACAGAUAAAUUAUUAGUCAUCACUGUAGCAACAAAAGAAAGUGAUGGAUUCCAUCGAUUUCUGCAGUCUGCCAAAUACUUUAACUACACUGUGAAGGUCCUUGGUCAAGGAGAGGAGUGGAGAGGUGGUUCUGGAAUCAACAGUAUUGGAGGGGGCCAAAAAGUAAGAUUACUGAAAGAAGCCAUGGAGCAAUAUGCCAGUCAAGAAGAUCUGGUUGUCCUGUUCACUGAAUGCUUUGAUGUAAUAUUUUCUGGUGGUCCAGAAGAGGUUCUAAAAAAAUUUCAAAAGUCAAACCACAAAGUGGUCUUUUCAGCAGAUGGAAUUCUGUGGCCAGACAAGAGACUAGCAGACAAAUACCCCGUGGUACACAUUGGAAAGCGUUACUUAAAUUCAGGAGGAUUUAUUGGUUAUGCAUCGCACAUCAACCGCAUAGUUCAGCAGUGGAAUCUGCAGGAUAAUGAUGAUGAUCAGUUAUUUUACACUAAAAUUUACAUUGAUCCACUGAAGAGGGAAGCUAUCAAUAUCACUUUGGAUCAUAAAUGCAAGAUAUUCCAGACCUUAAAUGGAGCUGUAGAUGAAGUCGUUUUGAAAUUUGAAAAUGGUAAAGCCAGAGUGAAGAAUACAUUUUAUGAAACACUCCCCGUGAUGCUUAAUGGCAAUGGACCCACCAAGAUUCUCCUGAAUUACUUUGGAAACUAUGUACCAAAUACAUGGACCCAGGAUAAGGGCUGCACUUUCUGUGAGUUGGAUACAAUUGACUUGUCUGCAGUACAAGUCUAUCCAAAAGUGACAAUAGGAGUUUUCAUUGAGCAGCCAACUCCUUUUCUGCCUCGGUUUUUAGACUUAUUGUUGGCUCUGGAUUACCCAAAAGAAGCCCUUAAAUUAUUUAUUCACAAUAAGGAAGUUUAUCAUGAAAAGGAUAUCAAAGUAUUUGUUGAUAAAGCUAAACCUGCCAUCAGUACUAUAAAAAUAGUGGGACCAGAAGAAAAUCUAAAUCAAGCUGAAGCUAGAAACAUGGGAAUGGAUUUUUGUCGUCAAGAUGAAAACUGUGACUAUUACUUUAGUGUGGAUGCAGAUGUGGUUUUGACAAAUCCAAGGACUCUAAAACUGUUGAUUGAACAAAACAGGAAGAUUAUUGCUCCUCUUGUAACACGUCAUGGGAAGCUAUGGUCCAACUUCUGGGGAGCGUUGAGUCCUGAUGGUUACUAUGCUCGAUCUGAAGAUUAUGUGGAUAUUGUUCAGGGAAAUAGAGUAGGAAUAUGGAAUGUACCGUACAUGGCUAAUGUGUACUUAAUUCAAGGGAAGACUCUACGGUCAGAAAUGAAUGAAAGGAACUAUUUUGUUCGUGAUAAGUUGGAUCCUGAUAUGGCUCUGUGUCGAAAUGCUAGAGAAAUGACUUUACAAAGGGAAAAAGACUCCCCUACUCCGGAAACAUUCCAAAUGCUCAGCCCCCCAAAGGGUAUAUUCAUGUAUAUUUCAAAUAGACAUGAAUUUGGAAGACUAUUAUCAACGGCUAAUUACAAUAUUUCUCACUAUAACAAUGAUCUCUGGCAGAUUUUUGAAAAUCCUGUGGACUGGAAAGAAAAGUAUAUAAACCAAGAGUAUUCAAAGAUCUUCACUGAAAAUAUAGUUGAACAGCCAUGUCCUGAUGUCUUUUGGUUCCCCAUAUUCUCUGAAAAAGCCUGUGAUGAGUUGGUACAAGAAAUGGAACACUAUGGCAAAUGGUCUGGGGGAAAGCACCAUGAUAGCCGCAUAUCUGGUGGUUAUGAAAAUGUCCCAACUGAUGAUAUCCACAUGAAGCAAAUUGGCUUGGAGACUGUAUGGCUUCACUUCAUCCGGGAGUUCAUUGCACCAGUCACAUUGAAGGUCUUUGCAGGAUAUUACACUAAGGGAUUUGCAUUAUUGAACUUUGUCGUGAAAUACUCCCCUGAACGGCAGCGUUCUCUUCGUCCUCAUCACGAUGCUUCUACUUUUACUAUCAACAUCGCCCUCAAUAACGUGGGAGAAGACUUCCAGGGAGGUGGCUGCAAAUUUCUAAGGUACAAUUGUUCCAUUGAAUCACCGAGGAAAGGCUGGAGCUUCAUGCAUCCAGGGAGACUCACUCAUUUACAUGAAGGGCUUCCUGUGAAGAAUGGAACCCGGUACAUUGCUGUGUCUUUUAUAGACCCCUGAGCUAUUCACUGUUUGCGAAACUGGAUUUUCUCCUGAAAUAGAUGGCUGCCAUAAACAUGACUUUGAAGUUGGAUAUGAAAAGAUGGGAAGAAUAUUUAAAUAACUUCAAUAGAAGAACUUCACUUUGGGCCAAAGAUUCAGGAA